AGUUCUUUGAUCAUCUUUCAUUCUUUGUCGAAGCCUCUGAUCGUGAUUGCAUCGUUUUGUAUUUUAUCCGCGCCAAGUUGCGACUUACGAAGUUACGACGCCAACAUAACAUUACAUUAAAAUAUGACUAAAAAUUACACUUUAUAUACAGUGAAGUUACACGUGAAGCUGUAGUGCUGAAUUUGACCUCUCAUGCUACCAAUCAAUAUCAAUAGCAAUGAAAGUAAUUUAAAUGAAAUUUUUUGUAGAUAUUUCUUAGUCAAUUAUUGUCAGUGACAAGUGACAACAGUGCAUCAGUGUUUAUUAAAAUCAUUUAAAUUUCGUUAUUUAAUUUUAAAUUAACUGAUUAAUAAGGUAAUAAACAUGGCACCUAAAUCAUCAGAUGCAAAUGGUGUUUUAUUUGAAAGUGAUGCAGCCACAGCUGAUAUGGCGUUACAUACGACACCUAUACAAAAAGCUGACAAUUAUCCUAGAAGAUAUGUCUGGAGAAACAUAAUUGCUUUCACAUACUUGCAUAUUGCAGCUCUUUAUGGAGGAUACUUGUUCUUAUUUUCAGCAAAAUGGCAAACAGAUGUCUUUGCUUAUGUGCUAUAUGUUAUGUCCGGGUUGGGUAUAACCGCUGGUGCUCACAGGCUGUGGGCACAUAAAUCAUAUAAAGCAACAUGGCCCCUGAGAUUAAUUCUUGUUAUCUUCAACACACUGGCUUUUCAGGACUCGGCGAUAGACUGGGCCCGUGAUCACCGCAUGCACCACAAGUACUCGGAGACGGAUGCCGACCCUCACAACGCCACUCGUGGAUUCUUCUUCUCGCACAUCGGCUGGCUGCUCGUCCGCAAACACCCCGAGCUCAAGCGGAAAGGCAAGGGUCUCGACCUGAGCGACCUCUACGCCGAUCCCAUACUCCGCUUCCAGAAGAAGUACUAUAUGUUGCUGAUGCCGCUGGCGUGCUUCGUGGUGCCAACCGUGGUUCCGGUUUAUUGCUGGGGUGAGUCGUGGGUCAAUGCGUACUUCGUGGCUGCCAUGUUCCGCUACGCUUUCAUCCUGAACGUCACGUGGCUGGUCAACUCAGCCGCCCACAAGUGGGGGGACAAACCCUACGACAAGAGUAUCCAGCCAUCCGAAAACAUUUCCGUGUCGAUCUUCGCUCUCGGCGAGGGCUUCCAUAACUACCACCACACAUUCCCGUGGGAUUAUAAGACUGCCGAACUCGGUAACAACAGGCUCAACUUCACAACAAAUUUUAUCAAUUUCUUCGCGAAGAUUGGCUGGGCUUACGAUCUUAAAACUGUCUCUGAUGAAAUAAUCCAGAGCCGAGUUAAGCGCACCGGUGAUGGAAGUCAUCACCUUUGGGGUUGGGGUGAUAAAGACCAUGCCAAGGAGGAAAUGAACGCAGCAAUCAUAAUCAAUCCGAAAGAUGAAUGAAUUUCUUCCAUUUUGAUUGCAUCAGAUGUUUUAACACUGAAAUGAGCUUAACGAACUGAUCCAUCAUUCGUUUGUACUAUUAUAGGAGGUUAUUCUUCCAAUAUCUUAUAAGGAAACAAUAUUUUUAACUUUAACGCUUAUAGAAACGUAGAAGUACUUUAACUAUACUUAAUAAGCACAGUGAUUUAUUUAAUACAGCCACAACGGCGCACUUCUAGAACUGAAUAAGUUAGUGAAUUACUUUUAAACGUACAGUGAGAUAUAAUUGUUAUAACUUCAUCAAUAACUUAUCCCUUUAACAAUUACUUCGACACCUGUGUCUUUCUUUUAUCUCGAAUUACAUGAAAAGUAUUAUUUUCGUUGAAUCGAAUGUGAUCUGAGCUGAAGCGAAAUAAAAUUGUAACUUCCAUGCUUAUUGUACUGUUAAAUGUAGCUUAAAUCUAUUUGAUACUAUAUUUUUUUCUAUCUAUAUAUAAAACGUUGUGAUACGUUUAAGUCUUGACAUAUACACAAUCGGUAGUAAUACUUUGUUACUGGAUUUGUUCUGACGAUAUAUUCAAUUGGUUAAAUAAUUGCGUCUAGUUAUCCCCGUGCAUCGGAUCUUUAAAUUUCUUGAAAAAGGAAACAUUUUCGUAUUCUGUAUAGAAAAUAUAAAAAUUGUGUGUAAAAAUUAUUUCGAUACUUCAAUUAGUUUCCGAGAUAUGGAAUUGUAAACAUAUGCGCAUGGCGCGAGUUUCGACCGACCGGUGCUCGCAACGUGUGACGUCAUAAGUCAACAUUCGCGCAGUAUUUUCCACGCUCCGGCACGGCUCACUUGAUCGAGAUUACGUAAAUAUUGUUUGAAAUGUUUAAUUUAAAUAUAAGAAAGUCAUGUGUUGUGCAGAAACUUAAAUGCACAACCACUAAAUCUAUAUAUAUAUAUAAGAGAUUUCCACGUAUAUAGUCACUCAUCACGAUAUCUCUGGAACCAUUAGAGCUAAAGACUUAAAAUUUGGUAGAUUUUAUUUUUUCACCGAGUAGAGGUCAGCUAAGAACGGAUUUUACGAAAUUUACCCGCAAGAGUUUUUUUUAUUAUCAACAGAACAACGUAUGUCGGGUCAGCUAGUAAAUGAAAUAAGGGAGUGAGUGUUGACCUGUGACGUCACAUAGCGGCUUAUAUUUAUGGGAAAUUUAGAUGUGUGUAAAAUCUGAACUAAUUGGUAUUUUGAAAUGAAACAAAGACCAGUGUUUUUAUAUUCAUAUAGACUUUAUUGUAACACAGUUUCACGCGAUUUCGCAUACCCGUUAACAUUCUUCAUUCACACGUGGCAGAAGUGAAAUUUUCAAAAAUUUUGGCUUCGCGAUAAUGAGACGAAUGUAAAAUUUCGGGAUGAGGAAAAUUUUAGGUUUUAGUUAUGAUCAUACGGAUAUUAAGUUUGAUAAAUGCAUAAACUGGGAAAUCUAUUAAUAAUAAUAAUUAAAUUUCGUCAAUAUGUCAUCUAUUUCUAAUUGGUGGUACCAUUUUGUAACUGGGUAUCUACUACAAGUACUGAAGUAAAUACGGAACAUUUUUCAUAGUGAUUCCCACAAUAAGUAUUUAUGUGCGAAGGUCUUUCUUUGCCUUGGUCUGCCUAUAAGUCAGCCAGGGUGAAAUAGUGGUUACCGAAAUUUCACGACAUUUUCCUAAUUGAAAAGGCAUAUACAUCACGGCGAUAUAUGAAACAGGUGUCAGAUAGGGAUAAAAUAGAUAUUUGACAAAAAGGUCGAAGCGAAGUUUAGUCCGAUGAUUAGCCUACUUCGGGUUCGCCUGUCAUUCUGCAACGGAUUCUAUUUGAGUAAAUAUAGCGGCAUCGCUUUGAUGUACAAAAGAUUUUGCUAAAAUGAUCAAACCAAUGUUCAUACUCUUUCCAAUUGAAUGCUAAGCAUUAUUAUUAAUGGUAAAUUAUGCAAAUGUGUUUUUAUCGAAUAUAUAAUAAUCGGUUAUACUUUUAGUUAACUCAUCAGUAUUAUUACAGAGGCGACGAACUAAUAAAAUACAAAAUACAACGGGUUUGAUGCCGUCACGAUAAAUAACUUAGUGUUUUGUAUAUAGUCAGGCAUUGAAAUAAGGCCCGGUAUCCACUAAAUCGGAGAGGAGCGGAGACGAGAGGAGAUAAGCUGUCAGAUUAUUUCCACCAGAGCGGAGAGGAUCACAUCUGUGAUAUGUGUUUAUGUUUAUAGCAACGCUUUCGGGUGCGCGGGAAGACGGCAGAUGGGAAAGGGGCGAAUGAGCGCGGGCUGCCCGCCUACAAGUAUCUCCGCUCUAACGCGCCGCUUGAUUGCUCGAAGCGAUUCAAAAUUCUAUAGAAAAACUAGCUGACCCAGCAAACGUUGUAUUGCCGAUAUUAAAAUCGCGAUACAAAAGUAAAUGUUGAUCGUAGAUGGGUGAAAAUUUUAAGUUGUAUGUAUUUUUUAAUGCUGACUCAUAAUCAAACAAAUUAAAAAAAAAAAUCGUUCGGAACCCCCCUUAACAUUUAGGGGGAUGAAAAAUAGAUGUCCAAUUCUCAGACCUACCCAAUUUGCACUCAAAAUUUUAUGAGAAUCGGUCAAGCCGUUUCGGAGGAGUUCAAUGUUUAACACCAUGACACGAGAAUUUUAUAUAUUAGAUGAGACAUCUCUACUCUCCGCUUGAUCCAUUUCCACCCCAGCUAAGCGGAGACAUGUGAAAAAAACGAAAUCUCAUUGGUGAUCAAAAUACAUCUCCGCUGCUCUCCGUUUUGGUGGAUACCGGCCCUUAAAGCUUUGUGAAAAUAUUUUCCUGAAAUAGCCGCGUUUAAAUUCGCCCAAUGAAGUCAAUCCGUGAUUGUGACAAACGUUACACUCUCAUAUCUGUAGUGCUUGUUAGAUGGGAAAUGAACGAAUUGAAAUAAUUAUUGAAUUUAUUAUCAAAAUUUGUUAUAUUACAUUUAGUCCGUUUGAGAUUAUUUGCAUCUAUAUUUUAUCAUUUUGUUGCAUAGUAUAAUUUUGUUAAAUAUGAGUAUGAAAAAAGUCUAUAACGCUAGGUCGCACUUACUCCACUUACCCAGUAUAGAUGUGAUUAUCAAAGUCGUGUUGUUUAGUUUAGACUACUAGCAUUUUACUUAGUUGUUUAAGGUCCCGGUCGAAGUUAAUGUAUAGCCGGCCAUGCGGACUACUCUCAGUUGCAAUGCGCAAAGUAAGGGCAAGGCCCCAACACUACCCGCCGCACCGCAGUGCAAUGCGAUGACACUUCGCAACAAUUCAAUGUAAUUUGCUAUAGUUGUGUGUCGUCCUUAACUGUGCGUCACAGUGUUAGGACGUAACUUGCAUCUAUAAUUUACAUCGGCAUUUGAAAAGUGAUAGCUAGUUAAAAAGCUAAAGCUCUGUUCAAACUGAGGCGAAUAACGCGCGGGACGCGUUUUAGAGCGAUUCGCUCGCUCGCUUAGCCUCUCAAACUGACGCGGCUUCCCGCGUGUCAUUUUUGGUUAUUCAGUGGAGAAACAUAAUGCAUUGUGAGAUAAAACAAUCCCGCCGGGCGUCUCGCUCUUGUUUCGCUUCAACUUGAGCGACUACUCGUGUCAAUUUGAACACGACCAUACAAGUUCGCUGACACAAUCGGCGCGAGCGACUUUCGUACCGCGUCCUGCUCGAUUAGUAGCCUCAGUUUGAACAGAGCUUAAUUCUAUUCCAGUUGAAUUGUUAACAGCUGCUCCUUGGCUGAAAUUAACUGCUUUCAAUAAAUAUAGUCAAUUUGAUUGGACUUUAGAAGUCCGGAUUAACAGUGGUCCGUAGACGGCCGCUGUUAAAGAAACCUUUUGUUUUUUUUAUUUAUUUAUUUGUUUGGUUCUAAUGAUGUGUUGAAUAUUUAAAUGUAAUACUAAGGACGUCAAACGUACAAAUUUGUUUAGAGGACAAAAGCGUUUCUUAAAAUGUUUUGUGUUACCGACUGAUGUCUGCAAAGGAUUGUGAUAUUUAGCAUAUUAAACAAAAAAUACAUUUAAAGUAUUUUUAAAUAUUUAUUUUAAUUAGUGCACAAUAUUGCUAACAAUCCUUGGCAGUGUUGUUUAUCUACGGCCGUUUUGUAAACCUAUCUAUCUUUAGUUUAACUUACUAGAGGUAGACAAAUCUAUCCUUUUACGCUUACUUACAUUUCAAUAGCGUAUUGACAGAUAGCAUUGGACUAUAACUAUGCAUAGAUAAGAUCUUGUCAUUAAACGGUGACAGCAAUGUAUCCGUUAGUUAAACUAAGGAUAGAUAGGUUAUUGAGAACGGCUGUUAAGUGUAAGUUGUAUAACGCAGAGUGCAGUCUGCUACAUAUUAUUAUGGUAAAAUUAAUAUUAGAUCUGUUUUACUGUGUUAAAUUCAGUGCUAUAAAUUUCUUUUUCAACUUGCAUAUAGUAUCUAAAUUUCUCUUUCGUAUUAUGUAAUAAUGCAGAAAAUGUUUUAACUUUAGAUAUUCAUUAAAAACGCAAAUUUAA